AUGCCUUCAGACAUGCAAGCCAGGAUCGACUACGGAUUCGAUAAAGCCCUUGCGAUUGUGGGCAUCGACGCCCAGCUCCUCGGUCUGUGGAGCUGGAUAUGCGUCUGCAGGGCCAUUCCACCGCAAGAGGUGCGUAGAUGGAGGCAGCAGGGGAGACUCAUCGAAGGCGUCAAGACCGUAUUCGAGGCCGUUCCCCUCAGUCAGCGCGGCGUGUACUAUGCAUGGUUCCUGCAGUACCAGUGGCUCCUGGACGGGACCCCCCACGACGAAUCCAUCGCUAGCAAGAACUUCGCGGCGCUGGUCGGUAACAUGCUCAUAGCGGCCUGGAGAUUCACUGGAGGCUCAUCAAAUGAUACCGCGGCGAAGAUAUGCCAAGAAAUGAACGCCCUCCCUCUCACACGACGAGCCUGCUACGACCUCUAUUCAGUCCUCAUAUGCGGCAGCAGUCCUCACCCUGUACGAACACUCUGGGUGGACUUCGGUUUCGUCGCUGCGAUGAACGGAGUGGAGGAAGAUGAGCUGAGAGCCAAGUACAUGCAGCUCAUCGAGGUCUGCUCCUUCGGCGAGUUCUGCACCGCGUAUGAAUCCUCGUCCAUCCCCGCCCUUUUCGAACGUUACGGCGUUUCUGUCUCUCACUACCGUCUCUUCCUGGACGUCAUGGCCGGCACUCCUUCGGACAACAAGUCCGUCUGGGAUCUAAAGCAGUACAUCGAUAUCCUUGCCUCUCCUGUUCCGGAGCACGUGGAUCACCCUCCGGAGCCGUUCCUCAUCGCCUUCGUCGACUACGGCUUCGCUAACUGCAAGGACCCGGACGACAGCAAGCUGCUGGAUGACCUGUACAAGAAGCUUUUCUGGGAUUCGCUUGUGGACCCGCUGGAGCUGCAUGAGGCUCGCGUUCGCGGGCGGCUGCUGGAGUAUGUCAAGAAGUUCAAGUUCGUAAAAUAUUCACCGCACGCGGCGAAGUACUCCCGGUUAUUGAAGAGCCGACACUCCGUAUCUGUCCUUGCUUGA